AUGGCUCGAAAUACGGAGGUAGAAGCGCGCGUUGUGGCAGUGGUGCACGCGCAGCUGGCGGCAGGCCACCGUGAACGAGCUCUCGGCGCAGUCUUCGAGCCAGAGGGACCCGUGGAUCGGCCCCGUGAGCACGUGGCAGUUGCGGAGGGCGGUCGCGCGCAGCGCCGACGUCGGCGUCACGAUGCAAACGAUGCAGUUGGUCAAGCGCGCAAGCGUCAAGUCGGGCGCGUCAGGCGCGUCGAUGACGAGCACCUCGUCACUGCGGUCGGCGUAGAUGAGCUCGUGGUCGAGCGCUGUAGGUGCGAUCGCAGGCGUCGUUGGCGCGUCAGGACUCGGGAUGGCCUCGGUCGUCGCGGCUGGUGCUUUUUUCGCUCGGGCUUUGAACGUAAACUUCUUGCGCGGUGCGAGCGCGCUGCGCUGGGUCUCGAUCUCGGCGAGGAGACGCGAGAGGAUCGCUUGCGACUGGCGAAUGUCGUACGGCGGCAAGUAGAGCGACGCGUCGGCGGCGGCGUCGCGCAUCGCCUGGACGCGGGCCACGAGGCUGUCGAGCUCGGCGCGGAGAUUCGGCGAAGGCUCUUGGCCUUGCAGCGCGUCGAGGCCGACCCGCGUCGCAGUUUCCAUCUCGGUGAACUGCUUCCAGAAGCCGUCGACGGCCGUCGCGCGCGUGUCUUUCUCCGAGAGCGCGGCCUUGCGCUGCGUCGACUCGCGCUGCUCGGCGCGGGCGUUCUCGACGACGCGGACCUUCUCUUCCAGCGACAGGCUAUCGGACACGACGAGGAGCGGCGCAAAGGCCUCCGAGACGUUGACGCUCUCGGGCCGGACAGAGACGCCAUGCAGCGGCGCCGCCUCAAAGUACUUGGUACCGUUCUGGGUCCCGUCGUUCUUGCCAAAGGCGAGGUCCAGGCGCACGCCGACCCAGUCGCCAGCAGGGAUCCCUUCCACGGGGCCAAUGUACGCGAUCUCGCCCCGACGCUUCCCCGAGAUCUCGCAGCGCUGCCCCACGGUCAUCGUCAUUGCGGCUGUCGUUGA